CCUCGUCGCCACAGCCGUCCCCAGCCGACAACUCAGGUCGCCGCCGCCGCCACGCCUCCACCGAGCCGUGCUCUCCCGACGCCGGCGGCCCCUCUCGUCAGGCUCCCCUACCAGCCCCUUUGCUGUUAGAGGAUAAGGCGACAUUUUUGGUGGAGCUGCAGUGUAAUUGUUGCACGCCAUGUCGACGAGGCGACAUUUUGCCGUCUUCACCACAGCGAGCCUUCCGUGGAUGACGGGGACCUCCAUCAACCCGCUGUUCCGCGCGGCCUACCUUGCAAAGGAUGGGAGCAGGGAUGUCACCCUGGUCAUCCCCUGGCUUUCUCUCAAGGACCAAGAGUUGGUUUACCCUAACAAGAUUGUGUUUGAUUCGCCGUUGGAGCAAGAGGGAUAUGUUCGUCGCUGGAUCGAGGAGAGGGUUGACUUUAGGCCAUCGUUCAGCAUCAAAUUCUACCCUGCCAAAUUUUCCAUAGAAAUGAGAAGCAUUCUACCUGUUGGAGAUAUCACAGAGUGCAUUCCAGAUGAGAUGGCUGAUAUCGCUGUUCUAGAGGAGCCUGAGCAUCUAAACUGGUACCACCAUGGGAGAAGAUGGAAAAAUAAGUUCAGACGAGUGGUAGGUGUGAUCCACACUAAUUAUCUAGCAUAUGUGAGAAGAGAAAAGAAUGGACAAGUGUUGGCCUGCUGCCUCAGAUAUAUGAACACCUGGGUUAGCCGAAUUUACUGCCACAAGAUAAUCAGACUAUCGGGUGCCACUCAAGAUUUUCCCAAAUCUGUUGUAUGCAAUGUCCAUGGUGUGAAUCCAAAAUUUCUUGAGGUAGGCAAGCUAAAGUUAAAGCAGCUGCAGAAUGGAGAGGUAGCCUUCACAAAGGGGGCAUACUACAUUGGGAAGAUGGUGUGGAGUAAGGGGUACAGGGAGCUUCUCGACCUUCUGUCCAAAUAUCAGAGCAGGUUGGGUGGUCUUGAAGUAGAUUUAUAUGGUAGUGGGGAAGAUUCAGAUGAAGUCCGAGAAUCUGCAGAGCGCUUAAGUUUGGCUGUGAAGGUUCACCCUGGACGUGAUCAUGCAGACCCCUUGUUCCAUGACUAUAAAGUAUUCAUCAACCCUAGCACAACAGAUGUGGUCUGCACGACCUCUGCUGAGGCCCUUGCGAUGGGAAAGAUUGUGAUAUGUGCAAAUCACCCUUCAAACGAGUUCUUCAAGCAGUUCCCCAAUUGUCGCAUCUAUAACAAUGAUGAAGAGUUUGUACAGCUCACCCUGGAUGCUCUAGCAGAGCAGCCUGCUCCAUUAACAGAUACACACAUGUAUGACUUGUCUUGGGAGGCAGCAACCGACAGAUUCAUCGAGGCUGCUGAGAUAAACCUUCCUCAAGGAGAGCCAAGAAUCCACCAAGGGUCCAAGACUUACUUCCCCGCCUUUCUAAGGACUCGUAAAGUAAAGCAAAAUUUGGAGGAUGCAUCUGUAUAUCUGCACCAAGCACUCUCGGGGCUGGAGGUCACCCGUUGUGCCUUCGGUGCUGUUCCAAAGACGCUACAACCUGAUGAGCAGCUGCGCAAGGAUCUUGGUCUGGCUUCUCCCCCCAAGAAGAAAAAACUAAAACUGAAGCUGAUGACAUGACGCUAUAAGUUUGGUCCCGGUCUCCUAGUUGAAUUGCUUAUUUUCAUGUUUGUACAUUAUUCGAAAUUAUGGAGGGAUGAGUGUUUUUUUCCACUAUAUUUUACUCCGAUAACUGUGUGCGAGGUACAGUAAAUUGUAGUGUAGAUUGAGUGCUCGUGUAGGAGGGCGAAAUAGUCUGUUGACAGUGCUGUAGUUCUGGCAUCGGUGUGCGCUUCUUCAAUUUCUUUGUGACUUGUGAA